UCCUCUUUCUCCUCAUUCACUUGUGGAGCAAGACACACACAUCCAACUCGCUCAACCCCUUCACCACCCUUCUACAGCACCUCUUAGAUUUCAAAAAUGGCGCCCCCUCCUGAGGAGACCGAGGAGCUUGUCGACUACGACGAGGCCGAGGACACAUAUGUCGCUCCCGCCGCGACCGAGGUCGCCGCUACCGGCGAUGCUGCCGAUGGCGAGAAGAAGGGUUCUUACGUCGGUAUCCACUCGACUGGCUUCCGUGACUUCCUUCUCAAGCCCGAGAUUCUGCGUGCCAUCUCCGACCUUGGUUUCGAGCACCCUUCAGAGGUCCAGCAGGAGUGCAUUCCCCAGGCCAUCCUCGGUACCGACGUUCUUUGCCAGGCCAAGUCUGGUAUGGGUAAGACUGCCGUCUUCGUCCUGGCCUCGCUCCAGCAGAUCGAGCCUGUCGACGGCGAGGUCUCUAUCAUUGUUCUUUGCCACACCCGCGAGCUGGCCUACCAGAUCCGCAACGAGUUCACUCGUUUCUCCAAGUACAUGACCAGCGUCCGCACUAGCGUCUUCUACGGUGGUACCCCCAUCUCGGCCGACCAGGAGAUCCUCGCCAACAAGGAGAAGUGCCCUCACAUUGUUGUCGGCACCCCCGGCCGUAUGAUGGCCCUCGUUCGCGACAAGAAGCUCAACGCCUCCAAGGUCAAGCACUUUGUUCUCGACGAGUGUGACAAGAUGCUUGAACAACUCGGUUAGUUAUUUCCUCCGGCCUGAUCUUUUAUUCUCCUUGUCGCCGCUCGCAUGAACCGAGGGACCGGGUGACCUGCUGGCCAAAACAUUCACACCCCGGUCCGCGAACAACGCGGUUGGUCUGGCGUUUCGACCGCUGGGCCGGCUGUGCUGUCCACGAAGACCUCCAACAUCGACCACGAUCGUUGAGCAAGGGUGGCCCGCGCCAGGCGAGGCGGGGCAGAAGUGUCCACAACGGACGACCCAUCGGGGGGCCCGUCGGGGACCCUAAGCGAACCUGUGCACCGCCAAUGAACCGUCACCGGCGAGGCAAGAGGUAGCAGGGGGAGAACUUCAAGGCGUAGUACCGCUUUCGGCCAGUAGGGGGAAGACCCCGGUCCUAUCGGAGCGUGCGAGACGACGACACUCCCUUCUCGGUUUUGUAAUCGGUUUGCCAAGGUCUGUUGCUCACGCUCUUCUUUCUGCUCGACCUGUACUACAACACGCCGCCGAUUACGAUACCCACAUUCCACUCUCCCGUCCCCAACCCCCCACCCCACCCCACCCCAUUCUCUGCUCUCUCUCAACAUGCCUGCGUUCGACACCUUGAACCCAUCUGCCGACCUGGAACCAACCCGUCGACCCUCUGCUAUCCGGCCCGCUUUGAUCUAACCAUGACACCCGCCUGCCUUUUAACCCCACAGACAUGCGCCGUGACGUUCAGGAGGUCUUCCGCGCCACUCCCCACCACAAGCAGGUUAUGAUGUUCUCGGCCACCCUCUCCAAGGAGAUUCGCGCCACCUGCAAGAAGUUCAUGCAGAGCCCCCUCGAGAUCUACGUCGACGACGAGACCAAGUUGACCCUGCACGGUCUUCAGCAGUACUACCUCAAGCUCGAGGAGAAGGAGAAGAACCGCAAGCUCAACGACCUGCUCGACAACCUCGAGUUCAACCAGGUCUGCAUCUUCGUCAAGUCGGUUGCCCGUGCGACCCAGCUCGACGCCUUGUUGCAGGAGUGCAACUUCCCUUCCAUCUGCAUCCACUCGGCCCUUUCCCAGCCCGAGCGUAUUGCUCGCUUCCAGCAGUUCAAGGCCUUCGAGAAGCGUAUCCUCGUCGCCACCGACAUCUUUGGCCGUGGUAUCGACGUUGAGCGUGUCAACGUUGUCAUCAACUACGACGCCCCUGCCGACGCCGACUCGUACCUCCACCGUGUCGGUCGUGCCGGCCGUUUCGGUACCAAGGGUCUUGCCAUCACCUUUGUCUCGUCCGAGGGCGACCAGGAGGUGCUCGACAAGAUCCAGGAGCGCUUCACCGUUGCUAUCCCUACACUCCCCGACAACGUCGACCCCUCGACCUACAUGACCUCGUAAAGAGGCGUAGUGUGUAUGGCGCGACCGAGGUUUGAGAUCAAAGUGAAGGGUACUAUAUAUAUGCAACGAGAAAAAACCAUGUAUCAGUGAUGCGAUGCCGCCGCCGCCUUCGGACCGAUGAUAUA